AUGGCGUCCAAACUUAUCAACAGAUUUCGCACGCAGGACAAACAUGAGCCAUCGACGAACGAUCCUAUAACUCCAAUACCGAUUUUCGAGGGAGACGCAGUGCUGGUAGAUCCGAAACCAGCAGCAUCGAAGCAUGCCGCAAUCGAGGUGGGUGACGAGAAAGUCGUUCCAGGAAGCUCAACUUGUGGUGAUGAAAGCGCUUCAGUCUUUGGAGAUGAUGAUCCUACCGUUCGAGACAUUCCCAUCAACGUCCGACGAAUUGUCAGCUUGGAGGAUGACCCAAACCUACCGACUCUGACUUUUCGGUAUUUCGUCCUCUGCAUCAUCUUCAUCAUUCCUGGAGCAUUCCUGUCCCAGAUGAGCCAUUACCGGACAACUUAUGCGCCAUACUCUGUCUUCUUCGUACAGAUCGCCUCAAAUUAUGUCGGAGUUUGGCUGGCGAAGGUCCUCCCAGCUUGGAAUGUUCGAGUACCAUUUACGUCGUACGGGUUCAACCUGAAUCCAGGUCCCUUCGGAGUGAAAGAGCACGUUUUGGUCACCAUCUCCGCUGCGUCUGGAGCAACAUAUAAUUUGGCGUACGCACCUGUAUCAAUUGCAGAGCUUUACUUCGGACAGAAAAUCCACCCCGCUAUUGCUAUCUUUUUCAUGUGGUCAGUAGUCAUUACUGGAUAUUCAUUCGCCGCCAUCUCCCGACAGUUUCUCCUAUAUGACCCCCAGUAUCCAUGGUUUCAAGCCCUUUGUCAAACAGCGCUCUUCGAGACUCAGAAGAAACAAAGAGAGUACCCUUCGGCCACUUCCAGAAAACAGAUGCACACUUUCUGGGCUGUCCUUGGAGCAGUCACACUGUGGCAAUUCCUACCCGAAUUUGCGUUUCCCAUGUUAGGAUCAUUGGCAUUUCUCUGCUGGGUAGCUCCAAAGAAUGCUACAGCAAAUUUCAUUGGAGCAGGUUUCGGAGGCAUGGGAUUCUUGAAUCUGAGUCUUGAUUGGUCAAACGUAUCGAGCCUGGGAAACAACGGCAGUCUCUUCUUGACUCCGUUUUGGACUCAGGUUAUCAUAUUUCUGGCGUUUGCUGUGAACUGCUGGGUCCUCAUUCCUGCUGCGAAAUGGGGAAGUCUGGGAUCCUACAAGCAUGGGCUGAUGUCCAACCAUGUUCUGACGGCAAACGGAACUCGAUAUCCCUUAACGAGCUUGCUUACCCCACAAGCAACUCUGAAUGAGACGGCAUAUGAGGAGAACGGGCCGUUGUACCUCGGAACCCAAAUGCUUUGGGGAAUGUUCUUCGACUAUGCCUCUUACACGUCAGCUCUGGCAUGGAUGGCACUCUUCGGGUUUUCACAGCUUCGAGCGACAAUCAAGAAGCUUCGAGCCCGGAACAACAGCAAGAACGGUGAAAGUAUCAACUUCCAUUACAACGACCGCCUCAACAUCCUUCAAAGAUCUUACAAAGAGGUCCCGCUGUGGUGGUACAUUGUUCUCUUCCUGUUUUCGUUUGUUGCUAUCACUGCCAUGGUGGCAAGUGAUCACCUCUACAUACCAUGGUGGACGUAUCUGGUCUCACUCCUCACUGGAGCGAUAAUCGUCACGCCCCUCGGUUGGCUGUACGCAAUCUCGAACUUCCAACUUCCUAUUGGAACAACAAACGAGCUGCUCUACGGUCUGAUGAUAAAUGCGGUCAAGGGACACAAGAACCCGACAGGUGCCACAGUCUACAGCUCUAUCGCUGGCGAUGCUUGGUAUCGAGCUCAGUACAUGCUGCAGGAUCAGAAAAUUGGACAUUACAUGCAUAUUCCUCCACGAGCCACAUUCUUCUCCCAGAUAUUCGGUGCUACACUAGGUAUUCCGAUCAAUUAUGCAGUCAUCAGAUGGGUCAUUAAUUCGAAAUUCGAUUACCUGACAGGAGAGAAGGACGAUCCAACACAUCAGUGGACCGGUCAAUCACUUGCAAGCAGUCUUUCAACAUCUGUGCAAUAUGUGCUUGUGGGCCCAAAGAAACUCUUCCAAGAACCCCUCUUCAAAGUCGUCCCCUACGGCUUCCUGGCCGGUCUCCUCGUCCCCGUCCUCAUCUUCCUCAUGCACAAAACCUUCCCCGACUCCAAACUCAAAUUCCGUCUCUGGAACACCACAAUCUUUUUCUCGUGCCUCUCAAACUUCUACGGGAAUAUCAGCACUGGCUACACGUCUCAAUUCAUCGGGAGUUUUGUAGUCAUGUAUUGGGCUUUUAGAUAUAGAUAUAAGUUGUGGGCGAAGUACAAUUAUAUCCUUGCGGCGGCGUUUGAUGCGGGGUUUAAUUUGAAUAUGUUGUUGAUCUUUUUGUGUUUUGGGAGUGGCAAGAUUACGACGAUGCCGUAUUGGUGGGGCAAUAGGGAGGAGAGUAGUGAGAGGUGCUUUGCGCUUGAUUCGUAG